GAAGGAAAUCGUCAUAAAUUGAUAUGAGAUAAUCGAUAAUUUAUACAAGGGGCAGAAUGAUAAGCUCUGGAAAUUACACAUACUGCUGUCCAUGUGUUGUUGAACACGCUAAAAUACAUCACAGCUGAUAGACAAAGAGUCGAUCUUAACUGAUAACACACUGCUCUCUCUCUCUCAAAAACAAGGUGCACCUACAUACACAAACACAUACAUAGAAACAAAAUUAUCUGAUCCUACGACUCGAAAAACAGUAACCACACACAAGUAAUCACACAGUUAGCUAGAUAUGAAUCAUGCGUCAUCAUACGCAUCCACACACACACACAAAGCGAUAUUAAUUUAUACAUACAUUUAAUACACAUAUAGAUCUCGUAUAUAAAGAAAGAUAUAACUAAAAGUAUUACUAUCACAUAAGUCACGCAAGUUUGACGACAACGGAAAUUUGGAAAAAUUUAACUUAGAAAGGAAGAUAAUUAGAUGAAACUUUAGUUCCACGUGACUCUGAUAAAUACACUGACACACACACACACAUACACACACACUCACACUUAUUCAGUAUAUAUAUUUGAAAUAUUCCUCGGAAUUAUUCAAAAGUUUUUAGGUAUCUCGAUCAGUGUAUAGCUAAGCUUUGAAGCAGAGUUAAAAGACCUAUUUUUUCCCCAUCACUUUUGUGCUUAUCAAAGAGGAAGAAGAAGACAAACGGAAUCGACAAAGAUGUUGCUUCGAUUAUUGAUCUCCUUUUGCCUGUUAUUGAUCGGCGGUUGCAUGUCCCUGCCGUUCGUUUCGACGUCUCAUCCCGACGGUGCCCACCUCAACCUGACAGUCCAAACAAUCAAAAAAUACUAUGAAAAUUUGGCCCAUCUCUUUAACAACAGCCGCGCGCUGGAACUGUUUGGCGACAUGAUACCUCUCGACCCCGAAGUGUACAUGAAUGCGAGCCAGCUCAUUACAAGCAAAGGUUAUCCAUGUGAAGAUCACACAGUUCUCACCGAAGAUGGCUUCUAUUUGGAAAUGCAAAGAAUUCCUCAUGGAAUCAAAAACCAGGACACGAAAAAAGUCAGGCCAGUCGUAUUCUUGCAACAUGGAGUUCUGGGAUCUUCGACCAAUUUCUUAACAACUGCAAAUGAAUCUCUAGCCUUCAUUUUAGCUGAUGCUGGUUAUGAUGUCUGGCUUGGCAAUUCCCGUGGAAAUACAUAUGGGCGCCGCCACAUUUUGUAUCCAACUUCCAGUGCCAUGUUUUGGAGAUGGAGUUUUGACCAUAUGGCUGCAUUUGACUUACCAGCAUCUUUGGACUAUGUUACCAACGUAACAGGCCAGGAGAAGCUGUAUUAUGUGGCGCAUUCGCAAGGAUCACUUAUAGGCUUUUUAGCUUUCUCUGAGAAUCAAACAUUGGCCAAGAAGAUAAAAUUAAUGGUAGCGCUUGGCCCCGUGUAUACAGUCGGGCAUAUUACCAGCAGUGUCAGAUUUGCUACAAUAAUUGAUGACAAGGUAUUAUUCGAUAUAUUUGGAAGGAAGUCUUUCUUACCUGAGAACCUAAUCAUCUCAACAGUUGCCAAAACAGUUUGCAGAGCUCGAAGGCUCAACUUUUUGUGCAAAGAAGCCAUUAGGAUUGCUGCAAACUUUGAUAAUCAGUACAUGAAUUCGUCUCGUAUACCAGUUUAUUUAACGCAUUCACCUGCCGGUACCUCUACCCAAAAUAUGGCUCAUUUUGCUCAGUUGGUUCGUUCAAAGGAUUGCAAAAAAUACGAUUACGGUACCCAAGCAGAAAACCUCUUACACUAUGGACACCCGACACCUCCCGCCUAUAACGUCAGUAAAUUGAAGAUUCCUGUGGCCCUAUAUUCUGGUGGACGUGAUAGCCUGGCUGACCCUAAGGACGUCGCCCUAUUGGUAAAGAAGCUGAAGACCAAAGUGACACACGUGGUCAUCCCAAAGUGGGCACAUCUGGAGUUCGUCUGGGCAGUAGAUGGAUGGGACACCAUGUAUAAGCAGAUGAUUGAACUGCUGAGAAAAUAUUGAUGGUAAUCAAUACUUCAAUACUUCAGAAAUUCCAAGAUAUAUUCGCAAUGUCUCCAGGAAUCAUAUACUACCAAUUUGCUGACGAAUUAAACGAUAAUCUUAGAUCUGUGACAACAAUUCUGAAUGUGUGUGUGCGCACGUGUAUUUGUAUUUGUGUAUUUGCGUGUAUGGUAGAUGUUGAUAAAUGCCUGUGUGCACGUGUAUGUAUAUUUAUGUGUGUGUGUGUUUAGGGCUUAUUGCUUUCUUGCCGUCUCUACAGCUGUUUCAAACUACUUUAGAUUGUGUUAACUUUGCGCUGGAAUACAAAUGCUAUUCAAAACGGGAAUCCAAGCCCCCCCCCCCCAACAGAUAUAUAGGCUGUCCAUAAAUUAUCUUUACAAUUUGAGAAAUUCAGUGAAAAAAAAAACAAAAAAAAAAACUAAUGAAAAACAAAACAAAACA